AUGCAAACUUUAUCAAUUGCUGCGCAGAGUUCGAAUCUCGCAAACACAACUGCCAAUCUCUCUCAGAAGCUUAACAAGAUGAUUGCCAGUGGCUUGCAAGACUACAGUUCUUGGAAGUCGUUGAUUUUGGAGAUUGAAACCAAAUCUCCAGAGGAUAUAAGUACCAUAUCCUUGGCCUAUGACACCCUUUUGUCAAAGUUCCCGUUGUGUCAUUGGCAUUUGGAUAAAUAUGCAUAUCACAAGGCGAAGUUAUGCAGCCCUCAAGAAGCUGUUAGUAUUUACGAGCGAGGAUUGGGCGUGGGAAUGUAUUCAGUUGGUUUUUGGGUUGACUAUUUUACGUUUGCUGCAGCUUGCUUUGGAGACCCCGAGGAUGUUCGUCGAUUAUUUAGAAGAGCUGUCUCAUUUGUUGAUAAAGAUUACUAUUGUCAUGCCCUAUGGGACAAGUACAUGACGUAUGAGUUCAACCUAGAGGGGUGGAGUUUUCUUGCACAUUGUUACGUCCAAGCACUGAAGUUUCCGACAAAGAAGCUGCAAUUUUAUUAUGAUAACUUCAAGCAGUUUGUAGCAAAUUUGAAAGAGGAGAUUGGAUACGAAAACAAGAACUGCAUUGUGGAGCAAGAGCCCGCUCCUUAUCCUGCAAAAGAAAUUUCUGCUGAUGAAAUCUCUCCCAUCAUCAAGGAUUUGUUAGAUUCUCCAGAUAGUUCCAUCAAGUCAAAAGCUCUGGAUAAAUAUAGAUCUAUUGGUGAAGAAUUCUAUCGGAGGGCAUGCCAUAUAAAUGAAAAUAUAAAAUGCUUCGAGACCAAAAUUCAAAGGCGAUAUUUUUGUACAAGCCCACUCGAUGAUGAUCAACUAGAUAAUUGGCAUCUCUAUCUUGAUUUUAUUGAGAAGCAAGAUGAUAUGGACUGGGCCAUGAAACUGUACGAGAGAUGCUUGAUACCUUGUGCCAAUUACCCUGAGUUCUGGGUGCGUUAUGUGGAGUUCCUAAACUCUAAAGGAGGACUAGAAUUGGCUAUCUCUGCACUCGAUCGGGCAGCUCAAAUAUUUUUAAAGAAUGUUCCAGAGGUCCAUUUAUUUAAUGCAAAUUUUAAAGAGCGCAUAGGAGACAUUAAUGGUGCUCGAGCUGCAUUGAGUCUGUGUAAUAUGGAAACUGAUUCUAGCUUCAUCAGCAGUGUUGUAACACUAGCCAAUUUGGAAAGACGCUUGGGGAAUUUUUCUGCAGCUACAGCUACAUACGAGAAAGCACUCAAAACUGCUAAGGAGAAAAGAAAGGCACACCUUCAUCCUUGUUUGUAUUUGCACUUUGCCCAGCUUACUCUCUUGACAACAGGUAGUGCAGAUGCUGCUAGAGAUAUACUAAUUAGAGGCGUACGAGACGUGCCUCAUUGCAGAUUCCUUUUAGAGGAAUUGAUAAAUUUUGCAAUGACCCAUGAAGGACCAAGCCAUGUAAAUGUGAUCGAUCCAAUAAUAGGUGAUGCCAUCUCGAACGGAGUAUAUGAAUACAGAGGUUUGAGUGCCAAAGACCAAGAGGACAUAUCAAAUUUAUUCUUAGAGUUUGUCAAUCUUUGUGGAACUGCACAUGAUAUAAAAAAAGCUUGGAAUCGCCAUAUUCGAUUAUUUCCCAUGUUCUUGAGGAUGAAGAAGACCCCAUAUAAGAAUCCGAAAUCAUCCUUCUCAAAUGAUUUGGAAAAGGAAUAUCCGAAAGAAAUGUCAUCUCUCGAAGGCCACGACAAUAAUGCUACCAAAGAUUUACUUUUGUCCAAUAGUGAUGGGCUUCAGUACAAAGAAAACGCUUUAGUCCCUCAGAAGUCAAUCCAGGGUGUCGAAAAGUCACCAGAAACAGAGGUGGCUGGUAAUAUUAUUUCCGUGCAUUCUCAUGAAAAGGAAUCUCGGGAGUCGAAAGGUAUCUCAGGAGUCGAUCAUGCACGAACAAACACAAAUACAGAUAAUAAUAAUGUCUCUGUUGAGACCAAACACGAGCCACAACAAUUAAGGAAUGUUCGAGACAAUCGAGAAACUAACCGGGAGGUGGGCCCAUCUGAAGGACCACCUGCACCAGCAGCACCGAAUCAAAAUGCUUCUUAUAACACUAAUGAACAGUCGUGGCAAGCACAAGCACAGAUGUUUUACCAUUACCAGCAGCAACAUUUACUUCAGCAACAGUAUCAGCAAAUGCAGAGUGCUUACUCUCAGAUGCAGUACAACUAUUACAACCAACAACCCUAUCAAAUGCAGCCACAUCAGCAACAGUUUGGGCAGCAGCCAAUGGUGCCACAUCAGCAAAACCAGCAUUUGCCACAUCAGCAAAACCAGCAUUUGCCACAUCAGCAAGGUCAGGAACAACAUUAUCAGUCGUAUCAAAUGGCUUAUCAACAACAACAACAACAACAACAACAACAGGGACAACAAAUUCUUUUGCAGCAGUAUCAGCAAUAUCAGGAUAACCAGCAUUUACCACAUCAGCAGCAGCCAAAGGAAAGGCCUCAGAAUUCAAUUCAGAAUGUGAGCCAAAAUCAACAGGGUUCUAGGAAGGCCCCGCCAGAAAUCGAUGCUAAAGCUCAAUCAUCAGAAUCUCCACAUCCGAGGGCUGAAUCACCGCAAGAAUUACAAUAG